AUGGUUUGCUACAAAUUUGGAUAUCCGUUUCCAAAAGGAGAAACUAUAUUUAAUACUCUUGAAAAGUUUUAUGCUGAAAAAGAAAUUCCUUUGAAUAAUAUUUUGUCAGUUGCUACGUAUGGCGCACCGGCUAUGACAGGGCGUCACAAAGGCUUAAUAGCGUGCUUAAAAAAUAAUGUUCCUGACGUGCUUGCUGUGCAUUGCGUAAUUCAUCGCCAGCAUUUGGUUGUGAAAAAUCUGAAUGAACGCCUCCAUAUAUCACUGCAAUAUGUCAUCAGAUCAGUCAAUAAAAUCAGAAGUAACUCGUUGAAUGACAGAUUAUUUAGUCAGCUCUGCAUUGCCAAUGAUGAAGAUUUCAACCGACUGCUGCUUCACACAGAGGUGCGCUGGCUGUCAAAAGGUACUUGCUUGACUCGAUUUUACAAUCUGUUUGGAUCUGUGAUAGAGUUCCUAGAAAACAAAGACCCAGAAUUGCACGACAACCACAUCUCAUCAAAGAAAGAUAUUGCGUACUUGACAGACCUGUAUAAAUUGUUUAAUUAUGUCAACCUCCAACUUCAAGGUGAUGACUUAAACUUGAUUAAGACAAAAAAUAGCAUUGCUGCUUUCGUAUCCAAACUACUAUUAUACAAAAGAAAUAUCGGCAGACGGGAAUUCAACAACUUCCCAAAUUUAUCACGAGUAUCAUUCAAUAACGACGACUUGGUUGUUUACUGUCAACACUUGGAAAACCUCCACAGAGAUUUCAAAGAACGAUUCCAGGACGUUUUAAACAUGGACAUACCAGACUGGGUUUUGGAUCCUUUUUCAAAUGUUAACACAGCAGGGUCAUCCCAGUUAGAAGAAGAACUAAUAGAACUGACGACAAAUGAGGAAUUAAAAAUUAAAUUCAAGAAUGACUACCAAGAAUUUUGGCUGCAGAAGCCGAUUUCACAACUGUACCCAGGAUUAUGGUUGAUUGUUCAACGAUUUCUGAUAGCUUUCCCAUCUUCCUAUUUAGCUGAACGUGGAUUUAGUGCUGUAGCAACGUUAGUAACUAAAAAGAGAAAUCGGCUUCAUGUUACUGAACGCGGCGACUUACGGUUGUUUUUAAGUAAAAUCGAGCCUGAUAUUAACAAACUCCUUAAAAUGCAUCAAAUUCAACCUUCUCAUUAGUUAUGUCAUAAAUUCAUGUCUUUUGAAUGAAAAAAAAUACACCUCAAUAUAACUAAGCAUGCGUUUUAAUUGCUCCCAUUGAAACAUUCUUCUUUCAUUUUAAACUCAGAAAUAAGAUAGGGGUCAUAUUCCUAUCUUACGACUUUAAUAUAAUAUCUUACGUUUAAAUAUAAUCGUGGCAAUAGCUUUUUUAAAUUAGCGACAGAUGGUAAGUAAAAUUAAGAUGGACUCUAGAAAAAAAUAUAUUCUCAAAGUGGGCGGUAAGCAAAAUAAAGUUGAGAAACUAUGCUUUACAUGAAUUUGAAAUUUAUUUAUGGGUAGAUCAAUUACAUUUUGUGGAACUUUAUUGAACAUAGCAAUACAUUUACCCAGAAAUGAUCCUCUGGUUUUUUGAAGUCUGAAGCUUGGAACGGCAAGUUUAUUUUUAUUUCUUGUGUUAACAUUAUGAACACUACUUUUUUUUGUGAAGGAAUCGUAAUGUUUUCUUGUGUUCAUAAUAUUCUCAUAGAUGUAUUGAGAGGCAACAGUCAGAAUAUUUAUUUCUUUAAAUAUUUCUCUGAGAGAUUCCCUAGACUGUAAAUUAUAUAUAGCACGGACAGCUCUCUUUUGUAGAAUAAAAAUAUCCUGAAUGCUAGUCGCAGAACCCCACAACAAUAUACCAUACGUCAUUACACUAUGAAAAUAACUAAAAUAUACCAAUCUUGCCGUUUCAGCAUUUGUCAAGAGUCUAAUUUUCUUAACAGCAAAAGCUGCAGAACUCAGUCUACUUGA